GGAAAUCCCAUUUGUGUGACAUUGUCCUAGCAAGAACUUCCUUGCCAUCAAAAUAUCAUAAUUUAUUUUGCAGUGAAAUAUAGACUUGGGCUUUAUAUCUAAAGUCAAGAUAUUUGACCUGUAAAAAUACCGUAAUAUGUAUACGGGACAGUGAUCACAAUUCAAUCGAGUGUGCUUGUUUUUUCGCUUCAUAGUUUAUUUGCUGCGUUAUUAUGCGUUCUCUUGCUGCGGUUCGUGGGGUAGAUCCCUUGCCGGAGUUGGGACUCCCAUCGGGUAUCGAAGGUGACGGUAACCCCGAUGCCGAAAUGGCCGGGGCGCAAGACACCAUUUACCUAUGCAACUUUCGCGUGUCAGUCGACGGCGAGUGGUUGUGUUUGAAGGAGCUGCACGAUAUGGAGAUGCAGGAUUCUUACAUCCGCCCAUCUGACAAUGGUGCGCUAUCUCCGGAUGAUCCUAUGCAUUCUUUAAUGGCCCGAGAUCCAGUUGUUAUAGAACGCAGUAAUCUCGUGAACAUCUCGAAACUGAUUGUGAAGGAGUUGAUUGAGCAAUCCCUGCGCUAUGGCCGGAUGCUCGACAGUGAUCAUUUGCCGCUACACCAUUUCUUCAUUGUUCUCGAACAUGUCAUGCGUCACGGCCUUAAACCGAAGAAGGGUCUCCUCGGACCAAAGAAGGAGCUGUGGGACAUACUUCAAAUGGUUGAAAAAUAUUCACCCGAGGCCGCUGACAUAACGGCUAGUGUGAGGGAUUUGCCGACUGUUAAGACCGCUAUGGGCCGCGCAAGAGCUUGGCUUAGGCUGGCGCUCAUGCAAAAGAGACUUGCGGAUUAUCUUAGAAUUUUAUUGGAACACCGCGAGGAAACACUGGAGGAAUAUUUUGAACCUCAUGCGCUGAUGUUGAAUGAAGAAGCUGUUAUCAUCACAGGCCUCCUAGUCGGACUUAACGUCGUUGACUGUAAUUUGUGUGUGAAGGAAGAGGACUUAGACAGCCAACAAGGUGUAAUCGAUUUCUCACUGUAUCUGCGCGGCAGUAACUCGUCCAACGAUUUGGCCAACAAUGGCAACAACGGAAACAAUGAGCCGAAACAACGCCACAUCAACACAAUGCUCGACCAGAAAAAUUAUAUCGAAGAGCUGAAUCGGCAUCUCAAUGCGACUGUAGCAAAUUUACAGUCGAAAGUCGAAAGUCUGACGACAACCAACGCUCUUAUGAAAGAAGAUCUAGCUAUCGCCAAGAAUACUAUGAUCCAACUAGUUGAGGAGAACAAUCAAUUGAAGCACGCAUUGGGUCAGGACAUUACUAAAGAUAGCAGGAUCAAAGUGACGGAAUUGCACUCGGAAGAGGAGGAAAAACGCAGCGUAAAAAGUACUUCGUCGGAUAAGUCUAAAAAUGAGAAGGACACGGAGUUGUCCAAGUUCUUUGAAGAGGAAAGGAAAAAGAAUGCGGAACUGCAAAAGGAACUUGACUUGCAAAUAUCGCUCAAAGCGGAAAUGGAAGUAGCAAUGAAACUGUUAGAAAAAGAUAUUCAUGAUAAACAAGACACUAUCAUUUCUUUGAGGAGACAAUUAGACGACAUAAAACUGAUUAAUUUGGAAAUGUACAAAAAGCUGCAGGAAUGUGAAAGUUCCUUGAAACAUAAAACAGACCUAAUAGCCAAAUUGGAAGCAAAGACUGAAUCAAUGGGCAGCACCAUACAUCAACUCGAUGAAAAGUUACAAGAAGAUAAGGCUGUGAGGAAGAGUCUGGAAGACAGUGCACGAUCGUUAGGGCAAAAGGCAGCGACGGCAGAAUCUCGGGCCGUUAAGGCUGAAAGCGAUUUGAGGAUCGAAAGGGAAUGGAGAGUUUCUUUACAGGAUUCAAUGGUACGCGAUCGCGACAAAAUAUCAGCGUUAACACAAGAAGUUGAAUCAUUGAAAUCAAUUGGACAAAAAUAUAUAACACUACAAGAAGAACAGCACCAACUUAAAAUCCAAUAUAGCGAAGCCCAGAAAACUCUAGAGGAAGUUGGGGCGACGUUAAGCGAGAAUAAACUGCAAUUAGCGGAAUUGUUGGAAAAGGAAGCGAAAGCAUCAGUGGAGGAGACGCCUAAUUGGACGAGCGAUAAAGAUGCCACAGCUUGUGCGGCGUGUUCAAAGGAAUUCACUAUAGCGAGGCGGAAGCAUCACUGCCGAAGAUGCGGCAAUAUAUUUUGUGGGGCUUGUAGCGAAAAAACAGUAGCAUUAGCUGGCAACACCAAACCAGUCAGAGUGUGUGAUGCGUGUUUCACUGAAGUUCGACUCACGUAACUAUAUACUUGUAAAUAUAACUAAGACUGAUUUAUUAUGACUGUAAUCUUGUUAUAAAAAUGCCAUUAGCUACUGUGCUGUAAAAAUAAUUAAUUUGUGAAAUAUAUUAAGGACGCUCAAUGUUUGUAAAAUCAACGAAGCAGUAUCAAAACACCGGCAAGGUAAUCAUAGCGUAUAUUUAUGUAUAUAUGACCAAAUAUAACAUAAUUUCGUCAUUUCGCUAUUAUUAUGUUUUUAGUUUCUUAUGUACAAUGGAAAGUUUUAUAC